AUGCCUGUGUUAUAUCCUGAAAUCAAAUUUGAGACUUCUAACUUCACCAGAAGUUCCCUGAACACUUAUUUUCUUUUUGAGAGUAGUUGGAAGAAAGCAAUUUUAGAAACUGAGAAGAUGAGGAAAGCAUUUGGUCUGGAAGAGUUCAAAGAAUGUGUCAAGAUGCCAUAUUUACCAGUAUUGCCAACAUGCCAAAAGAGUGUAAGUUCAACUCCACUGGAGAAUCAUAAACAACUGCUACGCACGGACGCCCAGAUGCCUACAGUCAGGGUAAAGAAGACAAAGGGUACAUGUGCCAUGGUACCACUUCAGGAGAAAUCAAAAGAUUCUAAUUUCAGUGACCCUGUUACUGGAGCACCAGUUCAGUACUUACAAAGACUUUCCAAAAUGGCUCUUUUGGAGUUUAAUACCAUUCGUCAGGAAACAAGUAAAAAAUCAAAAAAAGGCAAGAAGCGAGAGUUACGAGACUGCUGA